CAAACGCGCGCCAAUCGGUGGUCAGAGAGUGGGAUAAGCUUGCAGGAUUAAUUAAAGGACUAACCAAGGGACCCACUAAACAAAUACAGAAUGACCAAACUAACACCGCAGCGACCUCCGUUGGCAGGGAACAUCUUGGCUUUGAUGCUGCUGCUGGCGUCCACAGGGCUGGAGGCACGCCGCAUCGCUCACCGCCGACUCAUCAUCCAUGUGCCCGUCAAGGUGAAGACCCACCAUCACACCCAUACGGUGUACAAGGCGCUUCGCGGCUCCCACGGUGGCGGUGGCGGCGGUGGAGAUAUCAAGCAAACCGUCUACAAAGUGCUCGGCUACUCCGGACACUCAAAGGGAGGACUCGUCGGCGGUGGUGGCAGUGGCGGCGGCUAUGGCAGCUAUGACAUGGGUGGCGGCGGCAUGGGGGGCAUGGGUCAUGGCGAAAUCACGUACGAGGAUAUGCACGGAUGCGAGAGUGGCAAGGUGAUGCCGGCGCAUCGGGACAUGAUUUUCAACCAUUUCUCGCGCCACGACGAACCGGAGGACGCCUUGGAUGCCUUGGCGACGGACUUUGACGAGGUGCAGGACGAGUUUAUAGAUGUUAGGGAUGGCUGGUUGUGAAUAAAGUUACGUGUGGGAAAACAUGGACGAUUAAUUAUAAAAUUCCAGGCGAUAAUCCAUCCCUCCUCCCUCCUGCAGCAGCAGCAGCUUCAGCUUCAGCAUUUGCAUGCGACUCCAAAGUAAUUACAAAAUUGUCGAC